AUGGACGGGAAAAGAAGCGGCUCGCCCAUUGGGCACCGCGGGAUGUUCAAACUAGUAUGGGAGGCGGUGAUUGGUGGCGACGCGGCGCGGCCCGCCGCCCCCGCCCGGGCGGGUCAUUGUCUGGCGGCUCCUGAGGCGGGUCGGGCGCGGCGGUGGCUUUGGGGUUCGGACGGCGGCGGCGGUACCAUGGCUGGCGGCAAGGCGGGCAAGGACAGCGGCAAGGCCAAGGCCAAGGCCGUGUCACGCUCCCAGAGGGCCGGGCUGCAGUUCCCAGUGGGCCGCAUCCACAGGCACCUGAAGACUCGGACCACCAGCCACGGGCGCGUGGGAGCCACGGCGGCCGUGUACAGCGCGGCCAUCCUCGAGUACCUGACCGCUGAGGUGCUGGAGCUGGCCGGGAACGCGUCCAAGGAUCUCAAAGUGAAGCGGAUCACGCCCCGGCACCUGCAGCUGGCCAUCCGCGGCGAUGAGGAGCUCGACUCGCUGAUCAAAGCCACCAUCGCCGGAGGAGGUGUCAUUCCCCACAUCCACAAGUCUCUGAUUGGAAAGAAGGGACAGCAGAAAACGGCGUAGAGGGAGCGCAGCACCAGAUCCCCCCGUCAUCGUACUGUACCUGGGCACAGGAACAUCUCGGGGACACGAGGGAUUUUUUUAAGGAAUAGUUGAAGGGAAGAGCAUAGAGGAUUGACUGUAGAGGAAGCAUUGGGAUGGGUUUAGAUUCUGAGUAGGACACACCGUGGGCUGUGGGGCAGCAGCUGGGGGUGGGCGAGGGGCUUGGCUGCCCCCGCGUUUUAUACAAAAAUGGAACCCAUAAACCAUUUUUUACAAAAA